GCCGAGUCGGAGUUGUGUGAAUCAACAACGUUCGUUAUAUCGACUGUAUUCGUUUGAGCACCGUUGCUGGGCACGAUUGAUAUCCAACUAGGGGCGGUGACAGUGGCGCUCAGGGAGAAAAUGAAAACAUCCGUCGACCACAGUCGCUCAGCUUACUUCAGCAUCAUGAUGCGCAGAUAACAGUUUACUUAUUACCUGCAAGUGGGAUCCGUGACAACGUUCCACACAAAGGUGUUCGUCAAGCACUUGCACAGAGUAGAUAACCUAAAGUGCACCGGCACCAAAGAAAGGAGACAGUGUGGAUUGCGCAGGCAACUAUUCUCGAAUAAUUACGCGUGCUUGGUGUAGCUGGAAAGCCCAGUGUGUUCCGACAUGAUCCAACUGAUCCAAUGAUUGCCGUGCACCUUCUCACAACCUUCCUUUUCCAAAGUAUUCCGUGGUAACAUUUAUCGAUUUCGAGAUUGUAAUGUCCUUGUGGAGGAUAAAUUUAGGUAUGUGGAAUUAUGAGCGCUCGCGUAGGAUCGCUGCGAUGCUAUCACAACGUAUUGUCCCGACAUGAACCGCAUUGUCCCCAAGUUGCUCAGUACCUUCCAUUUGUUCGACUCACAUAUCCUCGACCAUGCAGCUAUUGACAUCCUUGCUGCUCCUCAUUAUCCUCGCACUUCGAGUACAGACUCAAUCAGGACCUUCCAAUUGGACAGCCUCUCCAUUCAAUCCUCCCGCUCUUCCGCUCGCUGUCCGUUCGCCUUACCUCAAUGUAUGGCUUGCACAGGGUAAUGAUCCUCUUUCGCCGUUCGCUGCAGGUUCCUUUCCCUGGAACAUGCGUGAAAGCGUGGACUGGUAUGCAAGUGCUGUAGUAGACAACAAAGAGUAUAGACUACUUGGUGGGUACUUUAACGGGGAGAAUACCCCGAAUCAGACAGCAGUUGAAUUUACUGCAACGAGGACAUCGUUUCUCCUGUCUGCUGGAGGAGUUCAGUUCAACAUGUCCUUUCUGAGCCCCAUAGAACCGAAAAAUUUCACACUCCAGUCACUUCCUUUCGCGUACCUAUAUAUGACUGCUCAAUCUACGGAUGGCCAGCUGCACCGGGUUCGCAUGUAUACUGACGUUGCUGGCUACCUCCUCGCGGGUAAUACUGGCCAGGUUGUCGGAUGGUCGUCUGAAGACAGUACCGAUUAUGUUGUCCUUAACAUGCAACUCCAAAACCCAGUCCCAUUCGUCGAGAACAAUAUUCACCCUCAGGAUGCAACAUUAAUUAACGCAUUUAAGAAGAUUGGAAGCGGGACGACUUCGUGGGCUAUAGAAAAUAUUGAUAAAACGCGGGGUAGAUUUGUCGGCAAUCCAUCGGGUGGCCUUCUAGACAAUCAAGCAGAUCCUCCUUCGACCUUUCGAGCCGUUUCAUCGGGAAGUAAUACACCGGUUAUUGGGAUAUCGAUUGACUGGGGAAAUAUCAGUUCUACACCAGAGCCUGCUGUGUGGGCCGUCGGUGUCUACCGAAAUCCGACGAUACAGCAUCUAACGCCAGAAGGCUCCUUCGAGAAUAGGAGUCCGUAUUUUGCAUCAGAGAUUAGUGAUCCAGUUGCCGCUGCAAAGUUCGUGCUAGAUGACUUUCCGCGAGCAUUGUCUGCAGCACAAGCUCUUGACGCGCAGAUUCAGACAGAUGGAGAAGAGUUUUCGGCCGAAUAUGCAGACCUUCUCGCGUUAAGCGCACGGCAGGCAAUGGGAUCUAUGGACAUCACAAUUCCUCCGUCAUCGGGUGGAUCAUGGGAUACAUCGGAUGUGCAGAUUUUCAUGAAAAACAUUGGGAGUGUCGGUUCUGAUAACGAGACUACAACGAGUGUGAAUAAUGUGGAUGUACUUUAUGCAGCAUUCCCCAUUUUCCUUUAUCUCAAUCCCGAAAUAGGGAGAUGCCUUCUCGAACCUCUCCUUGAGUACCAGGACUCCUCAGCCUACAAGUUACCAUAUGCGGCGCAAAACAUUGGCACGGCGUAUCCGAGCGCAACUGCCAAUGGCAUCAAUGACCCACACAUUUACGGCGUGGAUGAAACUGCAAACAUGAUUAUAAUGACUUUGGCAUAUUCAAUGGCCUCAGGAAAUGGUACAUUGAUUGAAAGACAUUACAACCUAAUGCGAAAAUGGGCGAUAUACUUGAGUAGCAAUGCAAUUACCCCUUUCAACCAAUCAUCUGGAGACUUUAGCAUAAACACUGAUUUCAUAAGUCCCAAUCAGACAAAUCUUGCAUUGAAGGGAAUUAUUGGGAUCGCGGCAAUGGCCAGAAUCGCCGAACUUGCUGGUAUAACGAGCGAUCAACAGAAUUUUAGCGGCAGCUUCUUUUAAAUAUGGGUUACCGCUGAGUAACUCACCACCUCAAAACACGACGUCGAAUUGGAUGAUGUUUGCUGCGGCGACGGUAAAGAGUGAUGCAACACGAGACCUCCUAGUAUCUCAGAUACAUGCCUACGCGUCAAAUAAUCUUAACGAAGUGCCUUUUACAUCGAUAUAUGACCCCAUUAAGGGUCUUGGUGGCCCGGGGACAAGUGCAGGCAUAGCUAGCCCCGCCCAAGGUGGAAUGUUUGCGUUGCUUGCUCUAAAUACGACAUCGAAGUCAGUUAGCGUACCAUUCAUCGACCCAGCCUCUAAUGGCUCGAGCAAACCCAACGCCGGUCUUAUCGCCGGAGUGGUCGUAGCAUGUGUAGCCAUUGUUGCUAUCUUGGCUCUUGGCCUUUAUUUCUUCUGGCGCAAGCGUCGCGCACGGCGGAGUGAAGAACAAUUUGUGACAAGCAAAAUUGAACCGUCUGGAUUCGCUCAGCCAUUCCUUCUAUCGCCGCCGACCUCCGAAGCAUACACUUACAGCGCGGUAACGAGUAACUCUGCGGUAAAGACUUUUAACACGUCAAGCUCUACGCCCUCGGGGCCAGACAACUCUUCCCGCGGUACACACUUGCAGUCGGAAGGAAUGAGAGGAACGGACGAAAAACGGGAGGUGGUCAUGACGAGCGCGACAGAAUCGCAAAUACGAAAUUCAACUGAGCCUAAUUCGCAGGUGGGAACAGACCGCUCGCAAGGCGUUGAGGCGCUACGGUCGGAAUUUGAUUCCCUGAGGCAAGAAGUAGAACGGAUCAGGCAAGAACGACGUGUUGCAGAGGAGGCACCGCCUAUGUAUUCAGACCCAGACCUGUCGUGACAGUCUUGGACCUUAUUGCUCUACCUUUUCAAUCUCACUUUUUGUGUUUCUCUCAAAGCAUUAUCAUUAAGGUUUCCCUGACAUGGGUUGGUAGCACAUUGUAAAAUACUCAACGGAUUUUCCGGUAUCACAUCCAC